CAAAGUCAAAGUCAAACAAACUAGAUGCAACUUCUCUCGUUUUCUGAUGCAAGGAGUGCAUUGCACACAGGUUUAACUUCAAACAGAAGUUCUCUACCAACUGGGUGUCUUUUGUUUUUGUCAAUAUUUGCAGGAAGAGUAGAACCAUGGAAAUGGAGGCAGACUCUCAGGAAAGAGAAGCUCUCCACCAUGAAGCCCAGAACAAAAAGGAGAAAUUUUUUUCUGUACAGGGUCUCUGGGAUUUGCUAUGGUCUCCCAUAAAUUGGUUCAAAAUGCUCAGUAGUGAGUUGCAUUGGAGCUUUGUGAUCAGCGUGGUCAUAGUUUAUGGUAUCAGUCAGGGUCUGAGUAUGGGAUUGAGUAGAAUUAGCAUACAGUAUUACUUGAAAGAUGAGCAGAAAGUGCAGCCCUCUGAGGCCCAAGUGUACCUGGGAAUCAUUCAAAUUCCAUGGAUGGUUAAACCACUUUGGGGUCUUUUCACUGAUACUCUUCCUAUUCUUGGGUACCGCAGAAAGCCUUACUUUGUUUUUGCUGGUGUAAUUGGGGUUGUCUCCAUGCUUGUGCUAUCACUGGACAAGAAAUUAGAUCUUACAAUGUCCCUGUUGUCCCUGAUGGUGGGGAGCGCUGGAGUAGCAAUAGCAGAUGUGACAAUUGAUGCUUGUGUUACAGAAAACAGUAUUAGUCACCCAUCCCUUGCUGGUGACAUGCAAAGCUUGUGUGGACUGACCUCUUCAGUUGGGGCACUGGUGGGAUUCUCACUUAGUGGAUUUUUCGUUCACCUAUUAGGGCCUAAGGGUGUGUUUGGGUUGCUCAGCAUUCCUCCGGGGCUGGUCAUUUUUGUUGGGAUGAUGCUUAGGGAAUCCCAUUUGCACAGCUUUUCUCAUAGACGGGUCCGUGAAAAGUUUCUGGAUUCUGGAAAGGCUAUGUGGACAACCCUAAAAUGCAGCAGUGUAUGGAGGCCUUGUUUGUACAUGUAUUUGUCACUUGCUUUGAGCUUGAGUGUCCGUGAAGGAAUGUUUUACUGGUACACAGAUGCAAAGGGGGGGCCAUCUUUCUCAAAGGAGGUUGUUGGGUCCAUAUUCUCUAUUGGUGCUCUUGGCUCCCUUUUUGGGGUCCUCCUCUACCAAAACUUCUUGAAAAGUUACCCUUUCCGUGAUGUGCUUUUCUGGACUCAGUUACUCUAUGGUAUAUCAGGAUUGCUAGACUUGGUAUUCGUGUUGCGCAUAAAUUUGAAACUCGGUUUACCAGACUAUCUUUUUGUGGUGAUUGAUGAAGCAGUUUCUCAGAUGAUUGGGCGCCUUAAGUGGAUGCCUCUUCUUGUACUUAGUUCAAAACUCUGCCCUGCGGGUAUAGAAGGCACUUUCUUUGCUUUGCUCAUGUCCAUUGAUCAUGUUGGGAUUCUCUCAUCUACUUGGGCUGGAGGCCUCUUACUCCACAUCUUGAAUAUCACACGGACACAGUUUGAAAAUCUUUGGAUGGCCAUUUUGAUUCGGAGCAUAUUGAGAAUUUUGCCAAUUGCACUGCUUUUCUUAAUACCUCGAACUGAUCCGAACUCCUCCAUUCUUCCAUCUGAGAUGUUGAGGAUAAAAAAAGGUGAUGAUCUUGAGUCUGAAAAUCUUGAAAUGGCCUCCCUUGUCAAUGGUAUCUGACCAGAACUAAGGAUGAAUACAAGUCGAUUGAAAGGAAGAUCAACCUAUAGUGACUGUUGUCGAUACUGGAGAUUGGGUUCUUGAAAUGCCAGAACUACUUCUCUGAAUGGUGGCCUUUUUCAAGUUCUCCAAAUUAGUAAGAGUAUGAUUAUUACCACGGUCCAGAAUGUAGGUUUACAAGCAUCUCUUUUCACUGAUAGUUUGUUACUGGUUUGAGGUCCUUCAUCCUCGAGUUUGUCAUGUGCAUCUAUAAUCCGAAUUUCGUAUAUGUUGAGACAUCUUGAUAACUCCAGUUAUACCUCCCUUCAGUAGCAAUAUAACCAGUUCGAAGAGGGAGUGAAUAGAUUAAACACAGGCCAUGCUUUAUUAUGCCCUUGAAAUAUUGAAGAACAGUGGCUUCGCUCCAGAAACUCCACGGUGAACACUAACUUAUUUUGUUUUUCUUAGUGUUCUGUGUUCUAAUAUUCUUGUAAAAGCUGUUUACUAUAAGUGAUUGAUCCGUUGCAACUGUAGUUUCUACACUGGUUUGAAACAAGAGAAACAAUUUCAUUUGUCACUAAUUCUUUUCAAUACUUUGUACAACAAACAAUUUUUGAAGAUUAACUUAAAAAUUUCAGUACAUGCUGUUCUUAAACUUGUGUAAGAACUUAAUUUCCAUUAUAUGAAGCAACAGGCAGAGCAUUUGUGAACC